GAGGAAAACGAAAAGAGAAGCUGUGGAUACAACCUUGGAAGCUAAACUUAAUCACAGUUUGCGCGUUUAUUUUGCAUUAAACUGAUGGAGGAAAUUAAACAAGAUGGGUUUUCAACGCUAAAGGAUUAGUUGGCUUGUUCACUCGCUAUAUACUGCACGAUUCAGAACAGAGAUCCCUCUUUAAUUUACAGCUUGUUUUGCCGGCAGUUUUUACUCUUAGGAUUAUUUAUUUGAUGACACAACGUUUUGUAAUCUCUGUUUUGAAGCCACGUUAGCAUAAUGACUCCACGUCACUCUGCCGGAGCAGAGUCAGACAAAGAUAGGGUCGCACUAUUCUGUGUCGACUGAGCGGACACGAUGUGGAUUUCAUGAUAGGUCUCCACGGACUGACAUCGGUGCCAGCAAACUUCACAGCUGCAGAUUUUUAGAUAACUUUACUUUCAAGAAACGAUGUUGAACAGAAGGCAUUGGACAUGCUUCACGGCGCUUAGCUGUCUGAUCUUAGAAAUAUUCAUUCGAAAUGUUAAAGGUCUCAAUGUUUGCACGAGCGGCAGUGCGACCUCCUGCGAAGAAUGUCUGCUUAUUCACCCGAGUUGCGCCUGGUGCGCUCAAGAGGAAUUUGGGAGGGCGAGAACCCUGACAUCGCGUUGCGACUUGAGUCAGAACCUGCAGAAGAGGGGCUGCGAGGCACAUUUCAUCGAGAGCCCCAGGAGCAGCACUACUGUCCUGAAGAACAAGCCGCUGAGCUCCAAGGGCUCGGGCCCGACCCAGUAUGAUGUCAUUCAGAUAAUGCCGCAGAAGAUCGCGUUGAGCCUACGGCCCGGUGAUCAGACGUGGUUCGAGGUUCAGGUGCGCCAGGUGGAGGACUACCCUGUGGACCUGUACUACCUGAUGGACCUCUCCCUCUCCAUGAAGGAUGACCUGGACACCAUCCGAAACCUGGGUACCAAGCUGGCCGAGGAGAUGAAGAAGCUCACCAGUAACUUCCGCCUGGGCUUUGGCUCCUUCGUGGACAAGAACAUAUCCCCCUUCUCCUACACUGCGCCCAAGUACCAGAACAACCCCUGCAAUGGUUACAAGCUGUUCCCCAACUGCGUCCCCUCCUUCGGUUUCCGGCACCUCCUCUCGCUGACGGACAAGGUGGACAGGUUCAACGAGGAGGUGCAGAAGCAGAUGGUCUCCCGCAACCGCGACGCGCCAGAGGGUGGCUUUGAUGCCAUCCUGCAGGCUGCCGUGUGCAAGGAAAGAAUUGGCUGGAGGAAGGAGGCCUUUCACCUGCUGGUGUUUGCCACCGACGACGUCCCUCACCUGGCCCUGGACGGCAAGCUGGGGGGACUGGUGCAGCCCCACGACGGCCAGUGCCACCUGAAUGAGAAGAACGAGUACAGCGCCUCCACCAGGAUGGAUUAUCCCUCUCUGGCCCUCCUGGGGGAGAAACUGGCUGAAAACAACAUCUAUCUCAUCUUUGCCGUGACCAAGAGGCUCUAUGUUAUUUACAAGAACUUCACUGCCCUGAUACCAGGCACAACGGUGGAAAUUCUAGACCAGGACUCCAAGAACAUCAUUCAGUUGAUCGUCAACGCCUACAACAACAUCCGGUCCAAAGUGGAGCUGACGGUCUGGGACCAUCCCGAGGACAUGAGCCUGUCAUUCACGGCAACCUGCCAGGAUGGGCGCCCGCUACCCGGCCUACGGAAGUGCGCUGACCUGAAGAUUGGAGACACGGUGUCCUUCAAUGUCAGUGUGGACGCACGGGGCUGCCCGGGAACAGAUGAGCAGCAGAGCUUCACCAUAAAGCCGGUGGGCUUCAAGGACCGGCUGGAGGUGUCAGUGGACUACCGCUGCGACUGCGGCUGCACGCAGCUGACGCAGGCCAACAGCAGCCGCUGCAGCUCCGUGGGCACACACACCUGUGGCACCUGCCGCUGCGAGCCGGGCUACCUGGGCGCCCGCUGCGAGUGCCAGGAGGGCGAGGCCGGCAGCCUGCACCUGGCGGCCUGCCGCGAGGCGGAGGGGAAGCAGGUGUGCAGCGGGCGUGGCGAGUGCAGCUGCAACCAGUGCCUCUGCUACGAGUCCGAGUUCGGCAAGAUCUACGGCACCUUCUGCGAGUGUGACGACUUCUCCUGCGCCCGGCACAAGGGCAUCCUCUGCUCAGGUCACGGGGAGUGCCACUGCGGAGAGUGCAAGUGCCACGCGGGCUACGUCGGAGACAACUGCAACUGCUCCACGGAGACGGCGCCCUGCCUGUCGGGAGACGGGCAGAUUUGCAGCGGGCGGGGCAACUGCGUCUGCGGGCGCUGCCAGUGCACGGAGCCCGGCGCCUUCGGAGACACUUGUGAAAAGUGCCCUACCUGCCCCGAUGCCUGCGGCACCAAGAGGGAGUGCGUCGAGUGCCGACUCUUUGGCUCUGGGAGGCUCGCCGACAACCAGACCUGUCAACGGCUGUGCAAGGACGAGAUCAUCACCGUGGAAACCCUCAACUCAGAUGACCCUGGUGCGGUUCUGUGCCUGUAUAAGACAGAGAGUGACUGUGUGAUGAAGUUCACAUACUCUGAGCAUGCUAACGGCCAGUCUGUGCUCACCGCCCUUAAAGAGCCAGAGUGUGCUGCGGCCCCGGACGCCCUGACUGUGUUGCUGGCUGUAGUAGGCAGCAUCCUGCUGGUGGGCAUCGCCCUGCUGGCUGUGUGGAAGCUGGUCAUCACUAUCCACGACCGCCGAGAGUUCGCCCGCUUCCAGAGUGCCCGCUCAAGGGCGCGGUACGAGAUGGCAUCCAACCCCCUGUACAAGCAGCCCAUCUCCACCCAUGCAGUGGAGACGGUCUUCAACAUGCACAGCAAGUCCUACAACGGAGCAGUCCACUGAUUCCUCACCCUGGGGGGAGCACAGCAGGACUGGCUCAAAGAAAGAACCUGGAGGGGGGGAGGAAAAAAACACCAGCAGAGACCCCAUCUGCUUUGGAUUGAUAACUGAGCAAUUAAGUCCAUAUAAAACCCUUUCUGUUCAAUGGGAUGAGUGGCUUUCUCUGCUCACCAUUAAAAAGGGAGCGGUCAGCCACCAGGAGUUCAUGUGAUUCAUGCAAGCUCCUGCCCAUAUGACUCUCUGCGUGUUCGCCCUGUGACAUUCAUUCAACCCAACGGACAGGAAGGAAAAAAAAAAAUCAAGUUAUAGCCUUCUGGAUUUCAUUCUGGGAAGACAAAAACAGAAUGGUCUUGGAAGAGUUUCUGAAAAAUGAACUAUACGUGUAUGCUGUAAAUUGAAAAGAACUCGAUGAAAGGAUAGCAGAACGUGAUUUCUGCCAACGGCUGUUUGAAUUAUUUUGCCAAUUUUAAGUCAUAACUCUUCCACUUAAGCAGUGAAAUGAAUUGUACAGACAUCGAGGUGGUGAUUUAUAUGUAUAUAUUUUUUCAACUUUGAGAAGGCUUUUUUUGUGGAAACAACUAUGCAUUUUUUUUUUCCUUAACAAAAGCAAACUGACUCCAUUUGUACAGCAACAGGGGUUCUCCAGGUUCAUAGAAAUAAAAAAUUAUAUAUUUUGCUGAUCACAUUACCACCAUGGUACUAAUAUAAAAGAGCAGUAGUUUUCUGACCCAUGUUUUGCACAACAGAUAGUUGGACUCAGAUGCAUACGAGUAUAAAGCCACAAGUGUUAAUUUUCGUUAUCCCCCGUACGCUAUGAAUCAGGCUAACUCAGAUGUCUGGUUCUUCUGAACGACUCCUUCAAGGGGAGAGAGAUUUAUUUCCCAGUAAGAGAGAGGAGGGGAGGUAAAUAGUUCUUGUACACUUCCUCCCUGCAGAGGGAUCACAGCGAGAGCAUUUGUGGGAACAGAAAACGAGAGGACUGAACGCAAAAAGGGUGGGCACGUGCCUCUAUGACAAGAGGUCUGUGUGUGUGUGUGUGUGUGUGUGUGUGUGUGCAUAAACCCGAUGAGAUUUAAAAUGUGUGU